GCACUUGGGGCUACGGGAGCUCACCUCACCACAGAACCAGACCCAGGCGACACAAGGAAGAAACACUCUUGCAUCAUGAUGGGCAAGGCUGUGGCUGCUGUCCUGACUCUUCUCCUGAUCUCCGCAGUUGGAACAAAAGGUAAGGCCCUGCCACGCUCAGCGAUUGAACUCCGGUGCCAGUGUGUAGGCACCCAUUCCAAGUUCAUCCAUCCCAAGUUCAUUCAUAACGUGAACCUCAUCCCUAGUGGGCCUCAUUGCAAGAACGUUGAAGUCAUAGCUACCCUGACAGACGGCAGAGAAGUGUGCCUGGAGCCCACUGCUCCCUGGGUGAAGCUGAUCAUCAAGGCAAUUCUGGACAAGGCAAACGCCAAACCUGAGACAGUGUCCUAAGACGAAGAAGAAAAAUGUCCUAACUCUUCCAGGAAGGCAAAAAUGGGAGAGACGCUCAUGCAGCUCCUGGCAGCUCACCUCCGCCUGCCUCCUACAUUCACACU